UGGGGCUGGCCACAUGGAGCCAGAGCUGGAGCAUACACUGAACAGGGGCCCCUCCUGGAGCAGCCUUGGGGGACCUGAGCAUCAAGAGAUGAGCUUCUUAGAGCAAGAAGACGGCACCUCAUGGCCACCACCAGCUGUGAUCACCAGCUCAGAAAGAAUCCAUGGGAAACGGAGGGCAAAGGCCUCGAGAUGGAUGAGACAGGAGGCUGUGGAGGAAGGGGAGCCCCCGGGUCUAGAAGAAGGUCCUCAGGCCAGGCCAGCUGCUGAAUCCACUGGGCUGGAGGCCACAUUCCCCAAGGCCACACCCUUGGCCCAAGUUGCUGUCUUGGCUGGCACUUCACCAACAGGGGACUUCCUCCCUCCUGACUAUGCAGACUCAGUGGUGGGUUCCAGCACAGAUGAUGGGGAGCUGGCCACAGAGUUCUCAGCCACAGAGACCUGGGGAUGUGAGCUAGAAGGCCUGGUGGAAGAAAAGCCUGCCCCAUCCCCAUCCCCACAGGCCCCAUUACCCAAGCUGGGCUGGGAUGAUGAGCUGCGGAAGCCCGGGGCCCAGGUCUACAUGCGCUUCAUGCAGGAGCACAACUGCUAUGAUGCCAUGGCAACCAGCUCCAAGCUGGUCAUCUUCGACACCACACUAGAGAUCAAGAAGGCCUUCUUUGCCAUGGUGGCCAAUGGUGUACGGGCAGCACCUCUGUGGAACAGCGAGAAGCAGAGCUUUGUGGGGAUGCUGACCAUCACAGACUUCAUCUUGGUGCUGCAUCGCUACUAUAGGUCCCCACUGGUCCAGAUCUAUGAAAUUGAAGAACAUAAGAUCGAGACCUGGCGGGAGAUCUACCUGCAAGGCUGCUUCAAGCCUCUGGUCUCCAUAUCUCCCAAUGACAGCUUGUUUGAAGCUGUCUAUGCUCUCAUCAAAAACCGGAUCCAUCGGCUGCCUGUCCUGGACCCAGUCUCAGGCGAUGUACUUCACAUCCUCACACACAAGCGGCUGCUCAAGUUCCUGCACAUCUUUGGUUCCCUGCUGCCUCGGCCCUCUUUCCUCUACCGCACUAUCCAAGAUUUGGGCAUUGGCACAUUCCGAGACUUGGCAGUGGUACUGGAGACAGCACCUGUCCUGACAGCACUGGACAUCUUUGUGGACCGGCGCGUGUCUGCGCUGCCCGUGGUCAACGAAUGUGGUCAGGUCGUGGGCCUCUACUCCCGCUUUGAUGUGAUUCACCUGGCUGCACAGCAAACCUACAACCGCCUAGACAUGAGUGUGGGAGAAGCCCUGAGACAGAGGACAGUGUGUCUGGAGGGAGUCCUUUCCUGCCAGCCCCAUGACAGCCUGGGGGAAGUGAUCGACAGGAUUGUGCGGGAGCAGGUACACCGGCUGGUGCUAGUGGAUGAGACUCAGCAUCUCCUGGGCGUGGUCUCACUCUCCGACAUCCUUCAGGCAAUUGUGCUCAGCCCUGCUGGAAUCGAUGCCCUCAGUGCCUGAGAAUGUUCUGGUCCUCACUCCCACGCCACCUCCAUCCUCGGAAGCCAAUGAAGCCAGUGAAGGGAGCCAGGGGCUGGCCUUCAUCUUCCCCUUACCCCUUUGCUGGUUCAGGUCUGGUUCAGG